AUGGGCAACUUCUUCUCGCAGUCCUUCUUCCUCCCCAAACCGGCCAUCACCGAGCACAACUGCCCGGAUCAGAAGGGUCGGGUAAGUCUCGAGGAGGACUUCUAUCCCGCUUCUCGCUUUCGGCGGGUGUUGCUGCAUCACAUGCUGACAGGAUAUCCGCCGCCAGGUCUUCAUCGUGACGGGAGGCUAUGCAGGCGUCGGCUACGAACUGAGCCGCAUUCUCUUCGCCUGCAACGCCACUGUCUACGUCGCGGGGCGCUCCGAUCAGAAAGCUUCCAGUGCCAUUGCCAAGAUCAAGCAGCAGAAUGUCCGCAGUACAGGGAGACUCGAGUUCCUGAAGCUGGAUCUCGCAGAAUUGGAGAGCAUCAAGCCCGCCGUGGAGGCCUUCCGGGCAAAGGAGCAGAGGUUGGAUGUGCUGGUCAACAAUGCCGGAGUGAGUAGGGUCUCCUCGUCCUCCUUCAGAGGACUAUGGAUGCCAUUGGAACUAAUAUGGGGGUCCAAUAGGUCAUGUUUCCGCCCAUCGGAAGCACCACCGCCCAGUCGCACGAUCUCCAAGUCGGAACGAACCUGCUCGGCCCAUACCUCCUCUACAAACUCCUCCUGCCGCUCCUUGCACGCACCGCUGCAUCCUCGCCAACGGCAUCCGUUCGCGUCGCCUGGGCGGGAUCCGUCGGUAUCGAGGUCGCCUCUCCCGGCAACGGCGGUAUGAAAUUGAAUGCCGACGGAUCGCCCAAUUCCAGUGAGGUCAGCAACGAGGUCAACUACGGCCAGACUAAGACCGGCAACUUCUUCUUCUCCAAGGAAUUCGCUCGUUCCACCCCGGAGAAUGGUGUGGUGCAUGUCUGCUUCAACCCGGGUAAUUUGAGGACCGAGUUGCAGAGGCAUUGGGGAGGGAUUGGUGCGAAGAUUACUGUAAGUCACUCAAUCCAAAUAUGAUGUCGCUUUGAUACACUGCUGACAUGGCGUCCAGGAUGUCUUGCUGCUCUAUCCAGCGGUCUACGGCGGCUACACCGAACUCUGGGCCUCUGUCGCACCAGAAAUCACGCCAGAGAAAAGCGGAUCCUACGUCUGGCCAUGGGGCAGACUCGGGGGCGUGAGACCGGACGUCGAAGCUGCUGCCAAGUCUGAAGCUGAGGGCGGGAUGGGCAUGGCGAAGAAACUGGUAGCGUGGUGCGAGAAGGAAGUUGCUGCAUUCGCCUAG